AUGUCCGAAUACCAGUAUGGAGGUUCUGAGGAGGAGAACGCUGAGCUGCACAAGCUGGAAACUGAAUUGUUGGACGAUCCUGACAAUUUCGAAACCUGGGAGAAACUGGUUCGCGCCGGAGAAGCUCUCGAUGGUGGAAUCAAUCGCAACUCCAAUCCCCAGGCCAUCACAACUGCUCGUGCCAACUAUGACCGCUUCCUGGCCAAGUUCCCCCUCCUUUUUGGUUAUUGGAAGAAGUACGCCGAUCUAGAGUUUUCGAUCACUGGCACAGAGGCUGCUGAAAUGAUCUAUGAGCGCGGCAUUGCCAGUAUCCCACCUUCGGUUGAUCUUUGGGCCAACUACUGUGCGUUCAAAGCGGAGACUUCACACAACCCCGACAUCAUUCGAGAGCUAUUUGAGCGGGGAGCUGAUUGUGUUGGUCUUGAUUUCCUCGCACACCCAUUCUGGGACAAGUACAUUGAGUUCGAGGAACGGACUGAAGCUCAUGAUAAGAUCUUCGCCAUUCUUUCCCGGGUUAUCCAUAUUCCUAUGCACCAGUACGCUCGCUACUUCGAGCGUUAUCGCCAACUCGCACAGUCCCGGCCUCUGGCUGAACUCGCACCUGCAGAUACUCUAGCUACAAUCCACGCUGAGAUCGAGGCCAUCGUAUCUCAACAAACUGCCGGUGUUAAGGCCGAGGCUGAAAUUGAGCGAGAUAUGCGGCUGCGAUUGGAUGGUUAUCACCUUGAGGUGUUCACAAACACCCAAACGGAAACCACUAAGCGCUGGACUUUCGAGUCGGAGAUCAAGCGACCCUAUUUCCAUGUGACGGAGCUUGACGAAGGUCAGCUGACCAACUGGAAAAACUACCUUGACUUUGAGGAGGCCGAAGGCUCCUUUGCCCGCAUUCAGUUCCUGUAUGAACGGGCUUUGGUGACCUGUGCUCAUUACGAUGACUUCUGGCUCCGCUACGCCCGUUGGAUGGCGUCUCAGCAGGACAAGGAAGAGGAUUUGCGAAUUCUCUACCAACGUGCGGCUUAUCUUUAUGUGCCAAUCGCCAACCCCACCAUUCGACUCCACUAUGCCUACUUUGAAGAAACAUCUGGACGUAUCGAUGUGGCAAAGGAUAUACAUGGUGCUAUUCUUGUCAACCUGCCCAGCCAUGUUGAAACUAUCGUUUCUCUUGCUAAUCUUUGCCGUCGCCACGGAGGUCUCGAGGCGGCCAUUGAGGUUUACAAGACUCAGUUGAAUUCCCCAGAAUGCGAGAUGUCCACUAAGGCUGCUCUCGUUGCAGAAUGGGCUCGCCUUUUGUGGAAAAUCAAGGGCAACCCCGACGAGGCUCGAACGGUGUUCGACAACAACCAGCAAUAUUACAUUGAUAGUCUGCCAUUCUGGCGGAGCUACCUCGUGUUCGAGAUUGAACAGCCAACCAGCGCAGCUACCGAGUCGGUCCAGUAUGAUCGAAUCAAGCAAGUCAUUUCGGAUAUUCGGUCCAAGAGUGCUCUUCAAGUUGACGCUGUCAAGGAGCUUGUCCAAAUCUACAUGGUUUACCUCCUUGAGCGAGGCACCACCGACACAGCAAAGGAGUACAUGACCCUUGAUCGGGAAGUCCACGGCCCUGCAUCUGUCGCUUUUGCCCGCACCGGCGGCUCUGUGGGGGCAGUCCCAAGCUCUGCAAACAUUCAACCCGCCCUUGUUCCCAUUGCGCAACCCAGCCAAGAAGAUGCUGCCACACAAGCUCAUGCGUACUACCAGCAGGUUCCUGUAAAUGGCGAAUCCGCUUGA